GCGAUCUCGGGGCUGAGCUGAGCUGAGCGCCCGGGGGGCUCCGGCGGCUGCCUCGGCCCGCUGCUCCCUCCGGUGCCCGCUGCGCCCGCCCGCCCGCCCGCCCGCCUCGUCCUUCGGCUCUCCGUGCGCCCCACUGCAAACGAUGCCCGCGGCCCGGCCGCCCGGCGCGGGGCUCCCGCUGCUCUUGGCUCUGCUUUUGGGGGGCCCCGCGGCGGCCCCCGCGGCAGAUGCUCCAGGGCAGGAAGGCACUGGCUUCACAAAUGCUCAUCUCCUGCCCCCUGAGGCAGUGGCGGGCAGCCUGGUAGGCGGAGAGAGCCCAGAAGACCAUGUGAGCACUGUGCCAGUGAGUCCAGCGCAGUCGGGAGAGGAACUGGUGGAGCCUGAGCUGAAUGGCCCUGUCCCAUCUGUGCCCGGAGCCUCUGCAGAGCCUUCCCUGCCGGACCCUGAGGCCCAGCCGGCCAGUUCCUCCCUACCUGGCCAGAAGCAGUGGCCCCUCAAAUUGGGCAACUCGGCCAGGAAGCAGCUGAGACCCAAAGCCUCCCAGCCAGCACCCUCGGGGCACGGCCUCCUUUCCCCAGCCACGGAGAGACCCCGACCCCCGAGUGAACCCCCAGCAGAAGAUCCUGGACAGCUGCCAUCGGGGGAGCCCAGCGAGCCACGCAGGAAGGAAGGAGAGGCCCCCACCACACCCGCACCCCUUCAGAUCUCCCCCUUCACCUCGCAUCCCUUGGUGGCCCACACGUUGCCCCAGAGGCCAGGCUCUGGUGGGGAGCCGGUGGGGCCUGAGGAGGCCCCAGACAGUCCCCUGGAGGACGCCAGCCCAUUGACCUUGCUGGACAAAGGAGAGAACGAACUGACCGGUUCGGCAUCAGAGGAGAGCCAGGAGACCACCACUUCCACCAUCAUUACUACCACCGUGAUCACCACGGAGCAGGCCCCGGCUCCCUGCAGCAUGAGCUUCUCGGAGCCCGAAGGCUACAUCGACUCCAGCGACUCCCCACCACUGCCCCUCACCAACUUCCUUGAGUGUACCUACAAUGUGACCGUCUACACUGGCUAUGGGGUGGAGCUCCAGGUGAAGAGCGUGAACUUGUCAGAGGGGGAGCUGCUGUCCAUCCGUGGCGUGGACGGUCCCACGCUGACUGUGCUGGCCAACCAGACGCUGCUGGUGGAGGGCCAAGUCAUCCGGAGCCCCACCAACACCAUUUCCAUCUACUUCCGCACCUUCCAGGAGGACGGCCUAGGCACCUUCCAGCUGCACUACCAGGCCUUCAUGCUAAGCUGCAUCUUUCCCCGCCGGCCUGACUUUGGGGAUGUGACGGUGAUGGACCUGCACUCGGGUGGGCUGGCCCACUUCCACUGCCACCUGGGCUACGAGCUGCAGGGUGCCAAGACGCUGACGUGCAUCAACGCCUCCAAGCCACAUUGGAGCAGCCAGGAGCCCGUCUGCUCAGCACCUUGUGGAGGAACUAUCCGAAAUGCCACCAUUGGCCGUGUCCUGUCUCCAAGCUACUCUGGAAACGGGAGUCAGUUCUGUGUGUGGACCAUUGAAGCUCCAGAAGGCCAGAAACUGCACCUGCACUUUGAGAGGCUGGCACUGCAUGAGAAAGACAGGAUGUUGGUUUAUGGUGGGCUCAGCAACAGUUCGGCACCUCUCUAUGACUCCCUGAGGACCCAGAAUGUGCCGUUUGAGGGGCUGCUGAGUGAGGGCAGUGCCAUCCGAAUCGAGUUUACAUCCGAACAGGGGCGGGCAGCCUCAGCUUUCAACAUCCGGUUUGAGGCCUUUGAGAAGGGCCACUGCUAUGAGCCCUACAUUCAGAAUGGCAACUUCACCACCUCGGACCCCACCUACAACAUCGGCACGGUGGUGGAGUUCACCUGCGACCCUGGGCACUCUCUGGAGCAGGGUCCGGCCAUCAUUGAGUGCAUCAACAUGCGGGAUCCCUACUGGAACGACACAGAACCCCUGUGCAGAGCCAUGUGUGGUGGGGAGCUGUCUGCAGUGGCUGGAGUCGUGCUGUCCCCAAACUGGCCUGAGCCAUACGUGGAAGGUGAAGAUUGUGUCUGGAAAAUUCACGUGGGAGAGGAGAAGAGAAUCUUCCUCGAUAUCCAGUUCCUGAACCUGAGCAACAGCGACAUCCUGACCAUCUAUGACGGAGACGAGCUCAUGCCCCACAUCCUGGGCCAGUACCUGGGCAACAGCGGGCCCCAGAAAUUGUACUCCUCCACCCCGGACCUCACCAUUCAGUUCCACUCGGACCCCGCCGGCCUCAUUUUCGGCAAGGGCCAGGGCUUCAUCAUGAACUACAUAGAGGUGUCAAGGAACGAUUCCUGCUCAGAUCUCCCCGAGAUCCAGAACGGCUGGAAGACCACAUCACACACGGAGCUGGUGCGCGGAGCUCGGAUUACCUAUCAGUGCGACCCCGGCUAUGACAUCGUGGGGAGCGACACCCUCACCUGCCAGUGGGACCUCAGCUGGAGCAGCGACCCCCCUUUCUGUGAGAAAAUUAUGUACUGCACGGACCCUGGAGAAGUAGAGCACUCCACUCGCCUCAUCUCGGACCCGGUUCUUCUGGUGGGCACCACCAUCCAGUAUACGUGCAACCCUGGCUUUGUGCUGGAGGGAAGCUCCCUGCUGACCUGCUACAGCCGUGAGACAGGCACACCCAUCUGGACCUCCCGCCUGCCUCACUGUGUCUCUGAGGAAUCCCUGGCCUGUGACAACCCUGGGCUGCCUGAAAAUGGGUACCAGAUCCUGUACAAGCGCCUUUACCUGCCCGGCGAGUCCCUCACCUUCAUGUGCUAUGAAGGCUUCGAACUCAUGGGCGAAGUGACCAUCCGCUGCAUUCUGGGCCAACCGUCCCACUGGAACGGGCCACUACCUGUCUGCAAAGUUAAUCAAGACAGCUUUGAACAUGCUUUAGAAGUAGCAGAAGCGGCAGCAGAGACGUCUCUGGAAGGCGGAAACAUGGCGCUGGCCAUCUUCCUCCCGGUCCUCAUUGUGUCCUUGCUGCUGGGAGGAGCCUAUAUCUACAUCACCAGAUGUCGCUACUAUUCCAACCUGAGGCUGCCCCUGAUGUACUCGCACCCCUACAGCCAGAUCACCGUGGAAACCGAAUUUGACAACCCCAUUUACGAGACAGGGGAAACCAGAGAAUAUGAAGUGUCCAUCUAAGAUGAGCUGCUUCGAGGGUCCUCCCAGGGUCCCCCAGGACUUCCAGAACUUCUCGGCGGAGACUAUGUCGCUGGCACCUGAUGGAGACCCCCAAGGGUCAGAUGUCUUGUCUUCAGACUCGUCCUUGACCAGUUACUGUUUUCUUCGCUGUAUUUAUUAUAUUUAAAAUUGACGUCGGCAUGGCAGGGACAUGGUGCACCCAUGUCCCAGCCUCCUUGUGGGAAGGGGUGAAGGACAUCGGGGUAAGAGGACCCGCAAGUCCCCAACCCCCAGGAGAACCACCUUAGGGCGUGUCAUGCUCCCAACUGGUUGCAGCGAACUGCAUGUGUGUCCGGAUUUCCCUCGCCUUGGUGUACACAGCGUGUGUCCUCACUCCAAUGGCACAUUUCUUCUUGGAUUUGCUUGGGUUGGGAUGACGCACAGACAGAGCAGGAUUUGCACCUCAGCCAGCCUGCAUCCUCUCUUCUGAUUUCUCCCCGCUUCUCCCAAGUUCUCCCCUGCAGCCUUGGCUCCCUCAUAGCCUCCCUUUUCCCCUUGGAUGGCUGCGAAAGGAGAAAGAAACAACCCUGCUUUCUAGAACUGCACCCCUCGUAUGCCUCCAGAGAAGAUGAGAAGUUUGGGUGUUCUGAAGGGUUAUAGUAAAGAACUGGGGAGAAGAGAGGUGGGGAAGGAGGGAAUAAUAAAAUAUGGUCUUUCCUCCAUGCUCUUCGGGCACUGAAAGAACCAGUUACUG